GAAUUUCGAUCCUUUAUUGAUUUUAUACGGUUUACAUAAUCGGAUAUUUUUGAGGGAAUUAAAAUGAGUUUCGUAAAGAGUUAUUUAAACGUUCUGACCAAUGCUGGAAGGAUCAUCAAGCAGAAUGGAGGAAUCCUGGGCUGCGUCCGUACACUCUACAGAAUGGAUGACUUGAAAUGGGGUACUUGCAUUGGAGAGGAUAAAUAUGGAAACAAAUACUACGAGAAUAACUAUUAUUUCUUCGGUCGAAACAGAUGGGUAGACUACGCCCAUCACGUCCACAUGAACUACGAUGGCUCCCAGGUACCCCCUGAGUGGUUUGGCUGGUUGCACUACAAAACUGAUCUUCCACCACACAAAGACCCAAGCAGACCUCAGUACAAAUGGAUGAUUGAUCACCGGAUGAACCCGUCAGGUACUAAGGAUGCUUACAUGCCCUACAGCACGACUAGGACCAAGAUCGAGCCAUGGAAGCCACCUCAGUGCUGAAUAAGCAACAAUCAGCAGUAGAUUCUGUAUUAUCAAUCCAAAAUUUAUAAAAUUUAAUAUUCGUCGAGUCGUCCAGAUGUAUUGGACAUAUGUUCCAUGUAAAUAAAUCGUCGGUCUGCAA